CCCCCCCUUAAAACGGAGAGACCCUCCGCAGCUGCCGGCGUGACUACAUUUGGUGAGAGGUUCGUCGGGGAGGGACCGGAGGGACCGGAGGAAGCGCCAGCGGCACCGCGCUCACACCCACGCACCGCUCAGGGCGCACGGGAAAACGUCCCACUCACUGAUGUACCCACUGGUUCGCAGGGUCUGACGCAAGACAGAGAAGUCUCAAAGAGGUCUGAUGGAAUCUGAACCUCACUGGAAAGAAAGAACAACCCGCAGUCUGCCGCCCCACUGCUGAGUCCUUUUAGAAGGGGGACAUGGACGCCGUGGAGAGCCCCGCGGGCCUGGAGCCCAGGUCGGAGCGGAUCGCCCGCUACAAGGCCGAGAGGAGGCGCGAGCUGGCCGAGCGUUACGGCAACACGGAGGAGCUGCCCUCCAAGUGGGUGAGGAGGGACGGGAGUGGGGAGGCGCCCGACCCGGGAGCCCACAGGGGGACGGCGAACUCGGACGGGCCGGGGGUCAACGGCAGGACGCGGGGGGUUUCGAACGGAUUGGAGGCGGAGUCCAACAACCUGGGAAGGCAGGGUUCCCAGGACUCUGCCAGCACGCUGAGCGGGGAGGGGCACCUCCUCCCUGGCGGACUCGACGUCCCGCAGGUCCACACUCGGGUGUCGGUUGGCCAGUUGAGAAGUGCCCUCCUGCAGCAGACGGGGAGCGGCGGCGGCGGCGGCGAGCAGCCCGAGAAAGCCUGCCCCGAUGGCGGGCGGGCCACGUCCUCUCUGGACCUGGCCGUGAACCCGGGCCCUGAGGGGGGGCGGCGACGCACCCGCCGCUACCUCCCCGGCGGGCCCGGUGUCGGGCGCAAGACCAGCGAGCGCUUCAGGACGCAGCCGAUCACAGCCAAUGAGAUGGAGGAGAGCAGCGGGCUGUUGGACGCCGACCAGCAGGAGGAGGAGGAGGAGGAGGAGGAGGAGAAGCGUAAAGCUGACGUGAAAACCGACGACAGAGCCAAAAUGAGUGUGGCAGCCAAGAUGUCUUUGUUCAAAGAGCUGGAGAAGGCCGCGGCCCCCGAGGCCUCGGCCUUCCUGAAGCCUCGGUCGGGUAGCGUGUGUCACGAACGCAGGGCGCGGCGCGGCAACGACCAUCGCUUCCUCACGCAGCCAAUCACCUGUGAGGAAAUGGUGGCUAUCAGCGCCCCCAAGCCAGCUCUUCCAGCGGAGGCCCCGUCUGUGCAGGCGGAGUCGGUGGAGGACGUGGACGAGAGCUGCAGGCUGAGCGUGAGCGAGAAGCUGGCCCUCUUCAACAAGCUCGCUCUGCCGGGGAGGAAGGGGGCGGGCAGCGCCGACGGGCCGCCGGUGAGGCGGCGGCAGAAGGGGGCUCGCUACCGAACACAGCCCAUCACCGUGGAGGAGGUCAGCCUGCUCCAGAAAGGCCCCGUGCAGCUGCCCGCCUUCUGUUUGUCCCCUCACCUGUCCGACAGACAGCAGGCCUCGUCUGUCAACCUGAAACCCAGCGAGGUGCGUCUCUCGCGGCCGAGAGCCGACGCCGACGCCGAGCCCAGUCCCGGCCAGCAGGGCCCGCAGCGGCACGACCCCGAGCCCGGCCUGAGGGGAAUCCUGAAGAAGAGCCGCGGCGGAGGCUCCGAGUGGAGCGCGAGCGGGAUGGAGGGCGGCGGCCACCAACAGAACGGCGGAGGCUGCGGGGGGGCGGCGACGCAGGGGAGGAUGGCGGCAAGAGAGAGGCAGGAAGUCGCAGCAGCAGCAGCAGCAGCAGCAGCAGCACCCCCGCGCAGGCAGAGACGCGAGGCCUCAGGUGUGGAGGGCGGAUCACUGUCGGCUCCUCCCUGGAGGCAGAGGGCUCGGAGCCGGAGGGAAACCAUCGGCUGUGUGCCAAUCAGAGCCGCGUCUGAGCAGGACGCCCCGCAGCAGGAGAGGCCCUGUCAGGCCGAGCCACAGGAGCAGCUGACGUCCUCCGUGGACACAAGGAGAGACCUAGUCGACGAGGGAACCACAGCCACGGGACGCGUGCAGGUCGGACCGCGGGACAACGCCUCUCAACCGCCGGAGACGUCCAACACCAGGACGGAAGAGACGCAGACCCUUGGUUCUGAAAGUGUCACCCCUCAGUGCUGGGACCCCGUCUUCGCCACAGUCUAUUCUAGCGCCGCGCCCCAAUAUAUCAUGUGUUUCAACCAGACAAAUCAGUCCUUCGAGGCACAGGAAGUCUCGCCUCCUACCAAGAACCCGAUCCAGCCUCAGUGGAGACAAAAGGUCGAGGGAGUUGAAGAAGAUGAAGUGCCUCAGAUGGAGAGAGCCGAGGAAACGAACGCACAGCAGCGGGAGAGACAAGAGCAGGAGUCCCAGAGAGGUCUCGGAUCUCCAGGACCGGACGCGAAUGACCCCUCUCGUAUCAGGAGACACUCCCCUGAAGACGUUUGUUGUGUUGGCUCAACAGAGAUCCCGGUGCAGCCCGUGACGGAGGGUGAGGCGCCGCAGAGCUCCCCGCCCUCGGCGUCUCCACAGCAGGAGGCGAAGGGGGAGGCGCCUGCGGAUGAAUCCAACGCGCCCGACGGAGGGUUCUACAGCGAUUGGCCUCCUCCCUCCGCCUGCGAGCCCCCACCCGGCGGGGACGCCGCUGCGGCAGAGAGUGAGCAGGACCUGGACGUCCUCUGCCAGACCAACGCACCCAUGUUGACCUCGGCAGUAGCAGAGCACAGGCGCUCGGUGCGUCCGUCCCGUCGGACUCAGGCCUCCAGGAACCCGCUGAGGGUCCUCGCUGCCCGAGAGGACAUCAGACAGGACUACAUGGGCGAGAGAGUCAAUGCGGCCGCCGACGAAAGAAUCCAAGCGGAGGAGAAGUCCAAGAACUCCUCCGUGGCCAGAACAGAAGACAAGUCUCAUCCUCCCUUCAGCAGCCUGAUGCUCAUUCACAUCAAAGGUAGGUGGCAUGUCCAGGUCCGCCUGGUGGAGCCGUCGGCGCGCUCGCUGAACAGCGGCGACUGCUUCCUGCUGGUCACGCCGGAGCACUGCGUGCUGUGGAGCGGAGAGUUCGCCAGCGAACCGGAGAGAGUCAAGGCCUUGGAGCUGGCGUCGCUCAUCCAGAGCCAGGGGGACCUCGGCUGUACGGCCUCCCAGGUCGUCCACCUGCGGGAGGGGCUUAACUCUGACAGCAGUGCGGCGGCAGACUUCUGGGACCUGCUCGGAGGAAGGGCGCAGUACAGAGGAGCCGGUGCACCAGAGGAGGACGAGCUCUUUGAGCGCGGCGUGGUGGAAACCAACUGCGUGUACCGGCUGGUGGAGAACCGACUGGUGCCUCACGAACAAGCCUGGGCCUCCGUCCCCACCAUCUCCCUGCUGGGCGCCGCUGAGGCCCUGGUGUUUGACUUCGGCAGUGAGGUGUACCUUUGGCAGGGACGGGACGUGUCCGUCGGCAGGAGGAGCGUUGCUCUGCAUCUGACUCACCAGGUGUGGGCCGGCGCGUACGACUACAGCAACUGCCGAGUCAACCCACUGGAUCCCACGCAGUGUAACCCCGGCAUUCAGCUGCGGGGAGAGGGUCGUCCCAGCUGGGCGCUGUUCGGCGUCCUGUCCGAGCGCGACGAGACGUCUCUGUUCAGAGCCAAGUUUAAGGACUGGACGGGCGGGACGGGCGGAGCCGGGGCGGAGGCUGCUGCUGUGAACGAGGCGACACAGUCCGUCCCCCCGACGUCAGACCCCCUGAGCCCCUGCGACGCCAGGGCCCUCGUGUCGGGCCAGGCGCUGGACGGAGACGGUUCGGCGCGUAACCUGCUGGGUGGGGUCGACGUCCGGAGGGGCUACGGCGUCAUAACGCUGGACGAAGGGCGCCGGAUGGAGCUGCAGACGGCGGCGGUCGACACCUGGCACGUGCAGGAGUUCGAUGACAGCGAGGUUCCCGUGGAGAGCUCGGGACAGCUGCACGACGGGGACUCCUACGUCGUCCGCUGGACGUACAGCAUCAGUGCCGUCGACGAGAUGAACGGUGUGGAGGAAUGUGGCGGGCGUCCCGGACAGAAAGAGAACACGGCCUUCUUCCUGUGGCGGGGUCGACACUCCGCCGCCAGCGGACGCGACACCGCGGCGUUCCUGUCGAUCGGGAUGAACAACCUGGAGGAAUCACAGGUGCUCAUUCCUCAGGGAGAGGAGCCUCCCUGCUUCCUGCAGCUCUUCCAGGGAGGCCUGGUCAUUCACAAGGGGAAGCGAGAGGAGGCCUCCACUGACGCGGAGUGGCGUCUGUUCUGUGUGCGAGGCGAGCUCCCGGACGAGGGGUCUCUGGUGGAGGUGGACUGCUGCUGCGCGGGGCUGCGCUCCAGGGGCGCGGUCGUCCUGCUGAACGGCCAGCAGGGGGAGCUGUACCUCUGGGCUGGAUGCAAAGCCCAGGCCAGCACCAGGGAGGUCGGCAAGAGGGCAGUGGAGCGCCUCACUCGGAUGUGUCCACAAGAACUGGGUCUCAGCCAGAGCUGUCCCGUGAAGGUGCAGGUGAUAGAGGAGGGUUCGGAGCCCGCAGACUUCUGGACAGCUCUGGGACAGAUGGACAGGAAGGCGUACGACUGCAUGCUGCAAGAUCCUGGAAAGUACAACUUCACCCCUCGCCUCUUCCGUCUGAGCGCCUCCUCCUCCGGGAGCUUUCGGGGCGAAGAGCUGCAGAGUCCGAGCCGGCUGCCGGGCCUCGUCAUGGCGAUGCCCUUUGUCCAGCAGAGCCUGUACUCGGCGCCGCAGCCGGCCUUGUUCCUGCUCGACAACCGUCUGGAGGUCUACCUGUGGCAGCGGGGUCAACCUGAGCCGACUGAGAGCUCGUCGUCGGCCUGGAGCCGCUGGCACAACGAGAGGACGUGUGCCAUGCAGACGGCGCUGCAGUACUGCAAAGAGAUGAACCCGAGACGCCCGCCUCAGGCUUACCUCAUCUUGGAAGGAUCCGAGCCGCUCACCUUCACGAAUGUCUUCCCCCACUGGGAGAGGAGCCUGGGACCCCCCACACAGGCCGACACAGGGAGGGUAAAGCUGACCUUGGUGCAGGACGCCCUGGCCCAGCUCACGAGGACCCAGUACCCUGUGGAGGAGCUGCUGCGGACCCCCUUGCCCGAGGGGGUGGACCCCCAGCGGCUGGAGGUGUACCUGUCCGACCAGGACUUCCAGACUAUUUUGGAGAUGAAGAGAGAGGAGUACGCCUCCCUCCCGAGCUGGAAGCAAACUGAGCUGAAGAAAAGCAAAGGGUUCCUUUGCUAGACAGCGAGCACAUGCGGAGGCCGACGCUCCAGGAGCAGGGACUUCCUCCGCCACCGAGGGGGGACAUCGCCACCGUGUUGUUGCACAAAGGACUACUCACAACGUAAUAAAAAGAAGAAGAAAAAAUUCACUUUUAUUUAUGUCAAAAUUA